AUGCGCCUGUCCCCCGGCACCCUGCAAGUUUUGUCCGCCCAGGGAACUCAGGCAUUGCAGGCUGCCCAAAGGAGCGCCCAGUGGGCCGUAAAGCGUGUGUUGAUGGAGAUCCAGCACAGACUGCAUGAAUGCCAAGGACUUGGGCGCCCCAGACUUCAAGCCUCCCUCCGCCAGGACCCACCCGAGCUAGGACCUUGCGGCGAAAGGCGCCAGGGCGUGGCCAACGUGACCCGGGCUCAUGGCCGUAUAGUCGGGGGCAACACGGCUCCAUUCGGGGCUUGGCCUUGGCUAGUGAGGCUACAAUUUAGGGGACAGCCACUGUGUGGCGGCGUCCUGGUGGCUGCGUCCUGGGUGCUCACGGCUGCACACUGCUUCGCCGGUGCUUCGAAUGAGCUGCUUUGGACUGUGACGCUAGCUGAGGGCCCCCAGGGGGAGCAAGCGGAGGAAGUGCAGGUGAACCGCAUCUUGCCCCACCCUAAGUUUGACCCGCAGACCUUUCACAAUGACCUGGCUUUGGUACAACUGUGGACGCCGGUGAGCCCAGAGGGGCCAGCGCGCCCCAUAUGUCUACCCCAGGAGUCUAGGGAACCACCUGCCGGCACCUCAUGCGCCAUCGCAGGCUGGGGAGCCCUCUUCGAAGACGGACCCGAGUCUGAGGCGGUGAGGGAGGCCCGUGUUCCCCUGCUCAGUGCAGACACUUGUCAAAAGACCCUGGGACCUGGGUUGCGCCCUAGCACCAUGCUCUGCGCUGGUUACCUGGCGGGGGGCAUCGACUCAUGCCAGGGUGACUCCGGAGGCCCUUUAACCUGUUCCGAACCCGGCCCGCACCCCAGAGAGGUCCUCUUUGGAGUCACCUCUUGGGGGGAUGGCUGUGGGGAGCCUGGGAAGCCUGGGGUCUACACCCGUGUGGCCGUGUUCAAAGACUGGCUGCAGGAGCAGAUGAGUGCGGCCCCCUUCACUCGCGAGCCUAGCUGCCGAGAACUUCUAACUUGGGACCCCCCGGAGGAGGAGCCAGCCCCGGACGUAGCAGGGCUCUGUGCCUUCUACUCGCGCCUGUGCCCGGGGUCCGAGCGCUCCUGUGCGCGCCUAGCUCUCCAGCAGUGUCUGCAACGCCGACGGCGGUGCGAGCUGCGGUCGCUGGCUAACACACUGCUCGGCCUGCUGCAGGGCGCGCAAGAGUUGCUCGGUCCCCGGCCGGGGCUGCGACGUGGAGUUCCCGCGCCUGCUCGCUCCACUCCUUCGCUCCGGGACUCUCCCGGCCACAAUGUUCGUGAACAGCGGUUACACUCAGGAUCGCGAGUCGCAGGAACAUGGUUCCAGAAGCCAAAGCCAGAGAGGCGCGCGGAAACAAAGGGCUGCCCUGGGCUAGAGUCUCUGCAACAGAAGUUGGCGGCCAUUCAGCGAGCACAUGCCUGGAUCCUACAGAUCCCGGCUGAGCACUUGGCCAUGAACUUUAACGAGGUGCUGGCCGAUCUUGGCUCCAAGACACUGACAGGGCUCUUCAGAGCUUGGGUGAGGGCCGGCUUGGGGGACCAGCAUGUGGUCUUCAGUGGGCUAGUGGGCUUGGAGCCUUCUACACUGGCUCACAGUCUCCCCCGGCUGCUAGUGCAGGCCCUGAAGGCCUUCCGCUUAGCUUUCCAGACAGAGGAGAACACCAGGGACCCUGGAUUGGUGUGA